CUCCCGGCGGUUACCCUGGACCCUCCGCGGGGCCGUGAUCCCAGCGACCACAGGUCGGCCAGACUCCAGUCUCCAGCCGGCAGCCACAGCAGUGAGAAAGCGACAUGGCGGCAGCGGCCAAGGCCGAGAACCUCGCCCUGGUGGUGCACGGACCCGGCGAUCUCCGCCUGGAGAACUAUCCUAUCCCGGAGCCAGGCCCAAAUGAGGUGCUGCUGAAGAUGCAUUCCGUGGGGAUCUGCGGUUCAGACGUCCACUACUGGCAGCACGGCCGGAUCGGGGAUUUUGUCGUGAAGAAGCCCAUGGUGCUGGGGCAUGAAGCUGCAGGCACCGUCGUCAAAGUGGGAUCCUCGGUGACACACCUCAAACCAGGUGAUCGUGUUGCCAUCGAGCCUGGCGCCAUCCGAGAAAAUGAUGAAUACUGCAAGGCCGGCCGCUACAACCUGUCGCCCACCAUCUUCUUCUGUGCCACGCCCCCUGAUGACGGGAACCUCUGCCGCUUCUACAAACACAAUGCAAACUUCUGUUACAAGCUUCCUGACAGUAUCACCUUUGAGGAAGGAGCCCUCAUUGAGCCGAUGUCUGUGGGGAUCCAUGCCUGCCGGCGAGGUGGCGUCACCCUGGGGAACAGCGUCCUUGUGUGCGGAGCCGGACCAGUCGGGCUGCUCACUUUGCUCGUGGCCAAGGCCAUGGGAGCGGGUCAGGUAGUGGUGACUGAUCUGUCUGCCUCUCGGCUGUCCAUAGCCAAGGAAGUCGGGGCCGAUUUCGUCCUCCAGAUCUCCAAGGAGAGCCCUAAGGAAGUGGCCAGCAAAGUGGAAGGGCUGCUGGGGCGCAAGCCAGACGUGACCAUCGAGUGCACGGGGGCAGAGGCCGCCAUCCAGGCGGGCAUCUAUGCCACGCGCUCUGGUGGGACCCUGGUGCUUGUGGGGCUGGGCUCCGACAUGACCACCAUACCACUGGUGCACGCCGCCCUGCGGGAGGUGGAUAUCAAGGGCGUGUUUCGAUACUGCAACACGUGGCCAGUAGCAAUUUCCAUGCUUGCGUCCAAGUCUGUGAAUGUAAAGCCCUUAGUCACUCAUAGGUUUCCUCUGGAGAAAGCUCUUGAGGCCUUUGAAACAACCAAGCGAGGCCUGGGGGUGAAAGUCAUGCUCAAGUGUGACCCGGAUGACCAGAAUCCCUGAUGUCCCCUGGGCUCUGCCCCGGUCCCUGCCUCUCAGCGGCUCCAGGCUGAAUGGCUGGGCAGGGGUGGGCUUUGACACAUAGCCUUCUUCUGAAUGAUAAGAAUAACUAAAAUAAUUCAUAUGAGCGGAGAGCCUUACACGGAGGAACUGGUGUGCCUUAAAGACACAAGAAGGGAUGGCUUGGGGGAAGUUGAGGCCAGGAUGACCUGUUCAUGCUGAACAGAGUUUACCAAGUAGAGCAGAGUUGGACAGGCAGGUGCCGGGAACUCCCUUCUUCCUGACGUGCCUUUGAGUAAGGAGGCAGGCCUAGCCCUUGGCUUCCUGGUGCCAUGGGAACAGGCUAGGUGGGGAAUGGGGGCUUCACAGGAGCAACAAUUUCAUUGAGAUUUAAUUGGCCCAGAGGCUGAUUUUCAUGCAAAUCUGUAACUCAGGGGAGAUUGUCAGCAGUUGUAGUUUAUAGCACAGUGUUUCUACUGAUGAAUGCUAUUGGGUUUGAUGAUAAAAGGAGUGGGACAAAAGGGACUGAUUUUCCUGGGUUAGGGGUGGCUUAAAAACCCAACGGAUGUGUAGAACCGAAACCCACUGUGAGAUCAAGCCAGCUUGCAUUCCCCAAAGAUGGAAACGGUGAGGGCACGUCUCAGUCAGCACCGCUGGAACAGGGCCUCUUCUGCCCCUGAGAAGUCUGUCCUCUGCUGCGCCAGCCCAGGAACCACCUUCCCAGUGCUCCCCAUCCCUGCCCUACCGGGCUCCCUUGCCGCUAGGCAACCAGGAGACCUUGAAGGUUUGGUCCAGGCACCUGACUUUCCCCUGCAGAAAGAGCUUCUGCUCCAAGGCUCCCUCACUGAUUCUUAGAUAAUUCCAUUUCAUUUGGGUUAUUAGACAAAUCCCUUCUCCGUCUCAUAGCCACUUAAGGCCUUGCUAUCUUUCUGUCUGUCAGAAUGACAUUUUCUGAACUUGUCUUAUUUUAAUUGUGGGGUUUUUUUUCUAUGUAAGAUUCGGAUCCAAACCACAUCGUGCCCAGUUUGGGCACUGAAAUGAUUAUUCAAGAAUGAGGAUAUAGUAGCCGUGGUGUAACUUGAGUUGCAGCCUUUAAUCCCUCACUUCGGUUGUGGGUGGAGGGUGAGUUUUCUGCCCAGGGAAGGCUACGACCAGGGCCUGGAACUCCUCAAACUGUUGCGCAUAAUCAACUCUGUUGCUGGUGUCUGGCUCCUGCUGCCGUUUAUUCUUGUUUAAGGAGGAGUGGACCGAGGUUGCCCACUUCACAGAGGGAAGAAUCCCAGGAUUUUUGCAGGUGACACAUUUUCUGCAUCAAAUAGAAUUUCAUGGACUGUAGGAACUAUAUGUGAAUCACCUCUCAUCCUUGCAGCAAAGCCAAAGUGUCUGAUUGUUUUACAGCUAAGGAAAUAAAUCAAGUAACGUGCUCAAGGUCA